AUGGACGUCGACCUCUCCGAAGAAACCCAAGACUUCCGCUUCCUCUCGGUCCUCACCUCGAACACAACCUUGGCCAACACUACCACUACUCCUUCUGUCGCUUCCACCGAGACCUUGAUUCCGAAGCGUGGCAUCAAGGAUUUCGAGCCCAAUCCGACAAGGUCACAGCAAAAUGCUUUGCGGGCGAGUAGACAGGCGAUGCAUGAUGUGCUGAGUGGGGAGAGGGUGCAUGGAAGUAAGAACUGGGUUAUCGGGUAUUUUGUUGGGAGUAUUGGUGGGGAAGGGGAGAGUGCGCCGUUGGAAGGCAGAGAUAGCGGAGAAGAUGGUAUCGGAUUAGAGGACAGGGAUAAGAGGUUGCGGGGAUGUGUGGUCAGAAUCGACCAGCCCCGGGGCUCGACUUUCAGGACCAUGGGAGUCAGUGAUAGGGAGAACCGGAUCUGGUUGUUACCGGAGGAGGCUCUUUACUGCAUUGAGAGGGGGAGCUUGGACAUUAGGUGGGGUCUGCCUGAAGCCGAGAAGGAUGAUGUUAAGGGUGGGCCUGUCACUGGCGGUAAUGAUGAGGGUUCGGCGAAGAGAGAGGGCAAGAAGGAUGAUGAUGAUGAUGAUUAUGACGAUGCUCCAGCCUUCAGCGAUUUACCAAUGUCGUUACAGGGUGCAUAUGCGACAUUCAUAUCCGACAAGGAUCUCACUUUGGCGAGAUACACGGUCUUCGCUGGAUUGAGGAGACUCGGAUACACUGUUAUUCGCGCUCCAACAUGGGAUGACUCUGCUCCACCAUCUUCGCAAACACGACAAGAGGACAAAACUGAGGAUAAAAUUGAGGAUCUUCCCAUAACCUCGCACGCGCGAACUGUGUCUCCUCCUUCUGCGCUGACAAGUCAACAGCCCUUCUUCAAAUGGCCCAGCCUUCGGACGUUUAUCACAAGAGUCUUCCAAUUACUAUUCAGAUGGGAGUCUCCUUCGAAGCCAUAUCACCGACAUCCCAACUCUUAUCCCAGCUUCGGUCCCCUCGUCGCACCCGGUCUGUACAGAUCCUACAUAGAUAUCUACCGUGCUCUUGCCCUAAUCCCAUUCCAUAAUCCAACAUCAAAACCACAACCUGCGCACACAGCUCCCGCAACAACUUCAUCCCCUGAAACGCCUUCAAUACAGCCACAACCCCCAAACCCCUCAAUGACUUCCACCACGCCCCCUUUCCGCAUAUCAUAUCAUGUCUACAAGCCCACAACUCCCUAUCGCAAAACCUCCCCGCCAGCCCCGGACUUUCGCCUCGCCGUCAUCGACGCCCACGCCCACGCCACCAUACCCAACCUGACCGAGCUCGGCACCCUCCUAGAAGAGAUGCCUCUCCACGAUCCAAGGAAGGAUGAGAAGCUGAAGAAGGGCAGACCAGAGAUGCGCCUGAAGGCGGGGACGAGGAGUGUGGUACUAGCGGUGGUGGAUAAUGGAGUUGUAAGUUUUCUGAGAUUAGCGGAGAUGGGAAGUGGGAGGGAGAAAAUUUAUGAGGGCAAGGUGGGCAGGGGCGGCGGAAAGAGGAGCGGGAGAGGACGUGGUGCUGGAAGAGGACGUGGGAGAGGACGAUGA